CGUAACAUUCCCAAUAUAACCCUGGUGCAUGCAGCCAGCCGUGGAGUCCGACCAGCGGCCUCAGUCUGAGCUUGUUGGUGCAGACACGGACAUCCACUCUGCUUUUCUUGGACAGUGUCUGCCUCACAUGUUCGGAUGGAUUCCACGGUGAAAGGGGAAGACUCAGAGGAAGUGGAGAUUGACUUGGAGGACUCCAGUGACCCUGACGACUUUGAUAAUGGGGAGGAACCUCAGAUGCUGUGGAGGGCCCAUCCUGCUCAGGAGGAAGAGGACAGCAUUCAUACUUCUAUGCUCGUGGAAAUCAGCGAUACAAAGCCUCUGAUUAACGUCAGGGACCCCCGAGGUAUCAAUGACUGCCUCAAGGUAACGUUUGAGGAUGUGAUUGCUGAGCCAGUGUCAUUGCGCAGUGGCGACAGAGUUUGGAUCUGGAGCCACGCCCUGUUUGAGGUGUGCAGGGUUUGGAUCUACAGGGUCGUCACUGUGCUUCUGGCCAUUCCCAUGUCGGUGAUCUUUGGCCUCCUCUUUGCCAUCCUCAGCUGUUUCCACAUCUGGAUGGUGAGUCCCUUUAUCCAGUGUAUUCGUAUGGGCACCCGCUGGCUGCAGGGCCUAUGGAGCAUCGUGCUGGGCAUCAUUGUGCGUCCCUUCUUCACGAGCGCUGGGAGAUGCUGCGCAGGCUUCAGCAUCCACCUGGCCAAAGAAUGAGACUCACGCAGGGGAAGCUAAUCCACACUGGGAUUGUUUGUUGUAUGCGCACAAGUGCAAUGAUAUUGACAUGGACUGAGCUCGAGUGGGCAUUUGAUUCUUUAUUACAUUAUUCAUACAGGACAUGAGGAUUUAUGAAGGACAUUUCAUCUCAGAGUGGGAUUGAAAAGAGGAUGUGAGUGAAUAUCCCAUGAUACAAACUGAGUUUCACAAUAACCUCUGUUACAGUGGCUGAGAAGGAGGACAUUUUUGUGAAGCAUGCAGCACUUUUACUUAUUUCAAAAUGGGGCUAUGUUUCUUAGAGUUUGAACUCAUUUCAGCAGAAUCUGUUAUGUUAAUUGAAUGUAGUUCAAGGAUUUUGUUACAACAUUUUCGUUUGGUGUUAUAUUUUCCUGCAUUUUUAGAGUUUUACCUCAAGAAGCAAAAACUAUCAGGAUGUAAUUUUGAUUAAAGAAGACACUCAUUUUAAACCUAGAAUAGAAAAGAAGAAGUUAUAAUAGAUGUGUUUUUCUGGGAAGAAAUGACAAUAAGAGACAUUUUUUACUGUUUGAAAUUAGAUGAGCUCUGAACACUUAACAUAAUUAAUGUGGAUUAAAUUGAAUGAAGCUAAUAAAAUGAUAAACCCACUUAUUGUGAUUGAA